GGGGACGCCGAGUGGUUCUGCUCAGAAGCUGAACCGUAGUCUGCAGGGAUUCAUACAAGCGAGCCUCUGUGUUCUACUUAAAUUCUCCUUCCACACCGCGACAGGAUGCGUCUGCUGUGUUCUCUGGGUCUGGUUCUGGCCCUGCUGCAUGUUUCCACGUCUCUGCUGCUGGGAGCCUUCAACAUCAAGACCUUUGGAGACACGAAAGCCUCCAACACCACCCUGAUGAGCAUCAUCAAUACGAUUGUCCAGCGCUAUGACAUCCUUCUGAUCCAGGAGGUCAGAGACAGCGAUCUGUCAGCAACCAAGAAGCUCAUGGAGCUCGUCAACAGAAAUGGUCCUGAGUUCGGCUACACCGUCAGUGAGCCUCUGGGUCGCAGCACCUAUACAGAGAGAUAUCUCUUCCUCUACAGGCUGAAGACAGUGUCGGUGGUGAAAAGCUACCACUACGAUGACGGCUGUGAGCCCUGUGGGACCGACACCUUCAACAGAGAGCCUUUUGUUGUCAUGUUCACCUCCCCAUACACUGUUGUGAAGAACUUCGUCCUGAUCCCCCAGCAUACGUCUCCAGACUCUGCUGUGGAGGAGGUGCAGGCUCUUUAUGAUGUGGUGGUCGAUGUCCGCCAACGCUUGAACACCAACGACAUCGUGCUGCUGGGCGACUUCAACGCAGGCUGUAGCUACGUGUCGGGGUCCGACUGGCAGAAGAUCCAGAUCUUCACAGACAAGAGCUUCCACUGGCUGAUCCCUAAUGACGCCGACACCACAGUGGGUCACACGGAAUGCCCUUAUGACAGGAUUGUUGUCACCACCGACAUGAUGAAGGGAGUGGUGCCACACAGUGCUCAGGUUUACGACUACAUGACGGACCUGAAGCUCAGCCACAGUCUGGCUUCGGCCGUCAGUGACCAUUACCCUGUGGAGGUGACUCUGGCUGAUUAGGUCUCCAGGCUUCAUCUACAUUCAGUGCAUGUGUGACCGACCACACAUUAAUGAAAAUAAAGUCUGUCAAAUUAUGUCA